AAUAAUAAACUGUUAUAAGCGUGAUAUUUGGCUUCAGAUUAAGAAACAAAUUACACUGACGUGAUGUUGAAGUUAAGCCGUGUGCUGCCGCUAUGGCGCGCGGGCACACGCUUGUACCCUGCAUUCCACGACCCCAUCGACCUGGUCACAGGGCUGGAGAAGAGAGAACUUCUGGCCCACCUGGCGGGCGAAUGUGACCCUUUCCGUAUCUUGAGCUUUAAAAGAGGUCCGGGAACUCGCGAGCGUCCGAACCUCGUGCCCAGCGCGUUCCAGCAGCGCCUGGUGGGCUGCAAGUGCCACCCGGACACGUACCACAUCGAGUGGAUGUGGUUGCACGCCUCGGAGCCCAAGCGCUGCGCCUGCGGCUACUGGUUCGAGCUCUGUCCCAUCGCGCCCAUCGUCACGUGAUGUAUACAUAGCACAAUAAACAAAAAGC